AUGAGACCACUUGAAGCUCCACCAGCACAUUGGCACCCCCAAUCGAUCACUGGUGGUAGUGACGCGCAAUGCCGGUGGUGCUCGAGCAAGUUGCACCAGACGAGGCAUUGCGUGCACAUCGGCCAGGUUCAUCUGCAAGGCGCAAUUCCUGUGUCUGUCACCGCGCUCGCACUCGACGCAAAUCCCCCGUGA